AUGGCUGUCACGGACCCUCUGGUCUAUCCUACCAAGUUCACGGUGUCUGUGUCAGGGAUGUGCGUCAGCAUCUCCUGGAUCCUGCCCCUUGCAUACAGCGGUGCCGUGUUCUACACAGGUGUCUAUGAUGAUGGGCUGGAGGAAUUAUCUCGUGCCCUCAACUGUGUAGGAGGGUGUCAUCCUGUUCUAAAUCAAUUUUGGAUGUUGAUAGAUUUGUUAUUGUUCUGCACACCUACGUUUGUUAUGAUGAUUCUGUACAGUAAUAUUUUUCUUGUGGCUAGAAAACAGGCUAUAAAGAUUGAGAACAUCGGUAGCCAAGCAGAAGCAUCAGGGACAUACAAAAUCAGUGUGAGUAAGAGAGAGAGAAAAGCUGCUAAAACCCUGGGUAUCACGGUGAUAGCAUUUUUGAUCUCGUGGUUACCGUAUAUCAUUGAUUCAUUCAUUGAUUCUUUUGGGGGAUUCAUAACACCUUCAUAUGUUUAUGAGAUAUUUUGCUGGUUUGGUUAUUAUAACUCUGCUGUAAAUCCUUUGAUUUAUGGUUUAUUUUACCCUUGGUUUAGGAGAGCAAUAAAACUCAUUAUAAGUGGUCAAGUUUUAAAAGAUAGUUCAUCAACUAUAAAUUUAUUUUCUAAAAAACCCUAA